GCUCGGUUCGAUGGAGUCGGCCCUACACGCCCGUAGCGAAAGCACAUGCGCGCGCGACUGCGUCGCGCGGCGCCCUACCUUGUACCUAGAUUAUUGUUUGAACUAUAUUACUGCUGUCUGUGUGUUACCUAAUUGUGAUUGUCACUAACUGUGUAAUUAUAAUAUAAUAAACUUUUGUACAUCCGUUACAUGUGUAUUUUUCUACUGUGUGUGUGCGCUGACUUUUUAAUCUAUUAUUACUUUAUGGAUUUAACUAUCUGAAAUAAAUGGUUUAUUAUUAUUAUUAUAAUGACGAUUUAUCCAUUCGACCGACACAUUUUCACUGAGGAAGACUUCCUUCCUUGUUCGGUGACUGACCAUGCUUAUCCAGAAAAUCUAUAGGAUAAAGGUAAUUCAACACCUGACUCCUUAAGUAUUCUCGAAGAGUGUGAUCUUGAUGCUCUUGUAGAAACAGCUGAACCGUCAAGGAAACGCGGCGUGACCGUUACGAGUCGCCGCGGAAACGCUGCGAUUCCGUUACGACUCGCGACGGUACGCGGCGGAAUUAUCGCUCAUUCGUGGAGAUUAUCCGACGAUAUACGGGCGGACUCGUUUUGCACUGUUUUCUUAUUUAUUUCAUUGAAAUUCAUUUGCAUGGUAAAGGUUUUACGAUUAGUCUGACUAAGUAAUCAAAGUGAAUGGGAACAAGAGAAAUUAAUUAAGUUUUUGUGGAAAUAUACGUAUUUUAUCUGAGGUAAGUCAUACUUAUAAUUUUUAUUAAUUUUUUUUUUUUUACUUACUUUUAUUAAUUUUAACAAGAAAUAUAUAGUAUUUCUUUAUUUAUCCUUGAGAAAUAAGCACCAAAAAUUAAUUUAAAAAACACUAUUGUAAUAUUUAUUGGAAGUUUUGUUAUAUUUUUGAUCAUUUCUGAGUUACGAUUUUAAUUGUCCGUUAUAGAGUAAACCUAGUAUGUCCGUUAUAGUAUAACUCUAGUAUGUACAUAAUGCAGUAAAAAACACCACCCCAAUGCACCCCCCUAUUUUUGGUGAUAUUUUUCCGUAUGCUCUUAUAAUUCUCAGAAAGUUAAGUUUUACUUAUGUUGUGUGUAUUUUUGUUAUAGGCCCUUCUGGAAUAAAAUGACCUAUUUAACAUAAUAGAAAGCUCUAACACCUCAACUUUUAAUGAAAAGUUGCUAUUUAUGGAGAACGAGCUACUCAAUCAAUAUGCAGAAAAUGAUCCAAACAUUGCUGAUAUACGAAAGAAAUUAUCAAUUAUCAGACACGAGUUAAAAUAAAGUGGUCAGCGGAUCGCAAUACAAAGACCAGGUUCUUAAAAAACAAUGCCGAGUGGCUUAAAGGAUGCAUAUCGCUACCAAAAGCAGGUAGGUAUGCUUCGAACCAUUUUGUUUGCCCGCAAAAUAAUUGUGUUGUAACGCACAUUAUGUAUCUACUUACUUCAUUUUUAACUUUCUUUCACUUAAGUGUAAAACGUUUUUAAACUUAAGUGAAAGAAGUGAAAGACGAAAAACGCGAGAACUUAGAUCGUCUGAUACAGAUGAAUUGACGUAUGCAACACAAAUGAAAUUACGUGAGAAGGGAAAGAUAGAGGCGUCGAAAAUUGUAAAAGAUUUAACGAAAAGUCCUAGAAGAGCAAGAAAAUAUGCAACAGCAAUAAAAAGAAGUACCGCUGAAGAAGAUUACUUAGACACUUUUAAUUUGUAAAAACAUAUAUUAUUAACAUAGAGAUUCAGCGACCCCACAGUCAAACUAUUAAAACGGUUUUGUGGGGCUUAGUAUAUUGUAAUGUAAUUAUAUGGAAAUUGAAUAAAUAAAUAAAUAAAUAAGAACAGGAUAAAUCAAAAAAGUUAAGACUGUUACGUGCCUUGUUUAUGUAUACUGAAGCGGGACUAAUACAAGCCCAAUAUGAGACAGUGCGAGAAACUAAUCCCAGCUUUUAUCCAUGUUAUUCAGUACUACAAAAGUUAAAAAAAGAAUGCUACCCAGAAAUCCACCGUGUAACAGAAACAUGCGCUGAAGUAAGAGUUCAAAAUCUCAUGGAUCACACGGCGAAACGACUGGUUAUACAUCUUGGCGAAGCCGUGGAUUAAUUAAGUGAAGCAUAUAAACAAUCUUUGGUACUAAUAAGUAAAAGGGGCUGCGAUGGAUCGCAACAGAUGCAGUAUAUAAUGAAAUUUGAAAAUGAAAAUUCUGACGCCAACAUUUUCCAAAGCUCUGUUGUAGGGUAACGGUGUCCUCGUUGUCACAAGUACUAGUUGUCACAACAUCUAUAAUUUCAGAACAGCAAAUAAUUUAAAUACGCGUACGUUGAAAUAUCCGAACGCAACCCAGUGCUACCAACCUCAGAAAGUGUCAUGGCUGCCGGCCGCUCGGAUCGCGAGAAAUAAACAAAAAUAAAAAAUAUUGAAUAUGUAAUACCUAUCAAAUAUGCCUAGGAACCGCAAAAGAAAGACCAACCGAGGCCAAACGUCUGCUGAUGUCAUGAUGCAAGCUGUGAAGGCAGUAGGUCCUGGAAAUUCGAUUCGAAGUGUUGCCCAAGAUUAUAAUAUUAACUAUCGCACACUCUCUCGAUAUUGCAAGAAAAUAAAGAAAAAAGGUGACUCUGCUGAGGUGAUAUCUGUGGGCUAUGUAAAAAUUAGACAGGUGUUCAGUGAUGCUGAAGAGAAUAUGUUAUCAGAGUACAUACAGAGGGCUGCAGAUAUAUAUUUUGGGUUGACUCCAGUGGAAAUUCGUAAAUUAGCAUUUCAGUACGCUGAUGCCUUGAAACGUAAAUUUCCUGCGACAUGGACUAGAGAUUCUAUGGCGGGUGAAGAGUGGCUUAAAGGAUACCUACGUCGCCACCCAGAACUUAGCCUCCGCAAGCCAGAGGCUACCAGUCUCGCUCGUGCAACCAGUUUUAACUCACAUAACGUCAAUAUGUUCUUCAAUCUGGCCCUUCAAUCGCAAUAUAUUUACAGAGUUGGAUUUUGCACCAUCUUAUGUAACAGAUCGUCCAGAAUUAAUCAUGUCAGAAGUAAAUGACAACAACGCUACUCAAGAAUUGGCACCAUCAGAACCAGUACAAAAAACGCCAUCUCCAACUCCUGGAACUAGCACACAGACUCCUCCUUCAGUAUUGUUGACAACCCCUGAGAUCCCAGCUAAUGAGAGGAAUUCUAAUGAUUUCAUUAUGAAACCUCACACAUCUAGUGUGACGGCUGUACCUUUGUUAUCACCUCAAGACAUAAGGCCAUUUCCAAAAGCUCCGGAAAAAAAAACUGUGUUAAAUAAAAGAAAAAGAAAGAGUGCUAUCUUGACUGACACUCCAAUAAAAAAUGAAUUAGCAGAACAACAGAAAAUGAGAAAACUAAAGCCGAAGAUACCUAAAAAGAAAAAAGUUCAAGGGAAAAAGAAAAAGCAACCGAUUAGCAGCAGCGAAGAGGAUGAAUCUGAAGACGUUCUUUGUUUGAUUUGUUUCGAACCUUGGUCUGCCAGCAAACCAAACGAGGAGUGGGUACAAUGUACGAAAUGUAAACUCUGGGCUCAUACAAAAUGUGGGGGCCAGAAAGUUUUGUUCUAUUGCUGCCCAAAUUGUGCUUCAGAGGACGAAAGUGACAGUAGCAAUACAAUGUGACAACAAGGACCUCUAGCUGUGACAACUUACCCCUGAUAUGAGGUUAGUUGUCACACUAUACUUAAGUUUAAAUUUUCAAAAUUUUAUAUCUAAUGUAAGUUGAUUUCUUUAUACUCUGUGGAAUAAUUAAGAUUGAUGAACCAAAUAUUGCGAUUAAAAUCUUAAACUAAAUAAAUCCGUUUUAUUUUACCUAUUAUACAAGUUAAUGUAAUUUUUGUGACAACUAGCACCUGUCUCCCCUACCUCUUCAGCUGGUUUACGAAGCAAAAAAGAAAAUACUGUGGCAAAACCCAACCCCAUCUUCGCCACGGUAUUGUCGGCCAAUACGAAUACGCUUUAUAAAAGAAACCACUGACGUAACAAAUGAAGAAAUAGAUUAUAUUAAAUCCCAAAUAACGUCGCUUACUAAAACUGAAGACAACGGAUUUUCCAUAAAGCAUAAAAUGCUUUUUAUUAUGGUGGAUGGGAAAGUGUGCAAUGCUGCGACUCAUACAAAAGCAACCAUGAGGUGCUACCUGUGCGGAGCCACUUCAUCACAGUUUAAUAAUUUGCAGGAUCUCAAGGCAUGCAAAAAAAACCUGGAAUUUGGUUUGUCUUUGUUGCAUGCUCGCAUAAGAUUUUUUGAGAGCAUUUUGCACGUGGCUUAUAGAUUGCCCGUAAAAAAUGGAAUGUUCGUCUUACUGCGGAGGAGAAACAAAUAGUCGAAUCUAGAAAAAAAGAAAUCCAAGACAAGUUCCGAGAGCAGCUUGGUCUGUUGGUGGAUAUACCAAAAGCUAACUUCGGAAAUAGCAAUGACGGAAAUACGAGUAGACGCUUUUUCGAGAACUUUGCGAUAUCGGCGGAAAUCACAGGUAUAGACAUGAAUUCAAUUUACAGAUUGAAAGUCAUUUUGGACACACUGUGCUGUGGUUAAAAAGUAAAUUCGGAUGCAUUCCACAUAUAUUGCCAAGAAACGGCUAAGUUAUAUGUUUCCUUAUACUACUUUUACCCCAUGCCUUCGACAUUACAUAAAAUAUUAUGCCAUGGUGCUGAAGUGGUAGCGGAGGCCAUUCUCUUCAUUAGACAGUUAUCGGAAGAGGCGGCAGAAGCCCGCAACAAGCACAUCAGGAUGUACCGGCUCAACUACGCCCGAAAGAUUUUCCGGGUAGCUUGCAACGCAGAUGUUUUAAACAGGCUCCUGUUAACAUAUAUAACCCUAUGCUGACGGACAACUUCCGCAAACACAAAGUAUAAAUGAAUCAUUGCCGUCUGAAACACCUAUACAAAUAUCGACUUUACAAGCAAAUCAAUCGACUCAAUUGGAGAAUCCGACUAAUAGACAGGAGAUAGAAGACGUACUCACACCUUACUCACACAUUUUCAACAUACAAAAUAGUUCCACCUACACGAGUCCUUCAACCACCUACAAAUAUUCUGUACUUGAAAAUAUAUCAUUCCCUGGCACCAGGAGUGAAAUGGGUUCCUUGAGUGAUAUAUCUAUUAAUAAUCUAAUGGUUACUUCUGAGGACAUUACGAGCGAACUAUUUAUUAUAUACACCAAAAACACGUAAACGAUAUGUUAGUAAUAAGGAAUCACCUUCAACACCUAUAGUGAACCGUAAUGUUUAUGAAAACGAUUUAGUAAAUACAGAUAAGGAUUCCUAAUAAAGGAUUCCCUCGCCGGAAAGAAGAUAUUCAAUAUAGUGACUCUGAUUUUUUAAAGAAGAAUAAUAGGCCUAAUCCUUUUAAAAAUGAUGUUCCAGGUGAAAAAUGGUUAAAAUUAUUUUUAAAAAGACACCCUGAGGUUGCUGUUCGUACUCCCGAAUCUGUCACAGCUGCAAGCUCGGAAAAUGAUAUAAGAGCUUGGUUCCAUGGUAUACAAACAUAUUUAGAAGAUAAUGCAAUGUUUGACAUUUUAUCAGAUCCCAGUAGAGUUUUUAACGGCGACGAAACAAAUUUCUUGCUGUGUCCUAAGACAGGUGUGGUUCUAGCGUUAAAAGGCGAUAGAAACGUUUAUGAAAUAGACAGAGGUCAAGCUAAAUCUUCCAUAACAGUAAUGUUUACGUUUUGUGCCAACGGAGAUUUAACCCCUCCAAUGAUAAUUCUGCCUUAUAAGCGCCUUCCUGGAGAUAUAGCUACCAAAGUACCAGAAGAAUGGGGUAUCGGGUUAAGCGAUAAUGGCUGGAUGAAGGCGGAAUUAUUUUAUGAUUACAUAAAUAAUGUACUGCAUCCAUAUCUUUUGAAAAAGGGGCAAAUGUUUCCAAUUAUAUUAUUUGUAGACGGCCACAAAACUCAUCUCACGCUGCAAGUCAGUGAACUUUGCACUAAUUUGAAAAUUAUACUAAUCGCACUAUACCCUAAUUGCACUCGAAUUUUGCAACCUGCUGAUGUAGCAGCAUUUUUUCCCUUGAAGUGUGCCUGGAAGCAAAAUGUGCAGCAUGACAGGUUGCACAAAAUUCGGCCAAUAAUUAACGAUCUAAAUAACAGGUUUGCUGCUGUACCUUUGGAACAACGCUUAUCUUUAGACGAACAAAUGUGUGCUACUAAAAUAGGCCAUUAUAUGAAACAAUACCUUCCCAAUAAACCACAUAAAUGGGGGUUCAAGCUUUUCUUGAUAUGUAGCGUAUAUGGAUUUGCACACAAAUUUGAAAUCUACACUGGUGGUGAUAAGCAUCAUCGCAUAAAUGACGAACCAGAUUUGGGACCAACUGGUAACACAGUUGUACGGCUAACACGGAUUGUUCCGAGACGUGCAAACCAUAUUAUUUACUUUGAUAAUUACUAUACAUCUGUGCCCUUGGUCACUUACCUUGCAAAAGAAGGAAUAUAUUGCUUGGGAACAAUCCAGUCAAAUCGUAUACCAAACAAUAAACUGCCAGAUAAGAAAACGCUGAUGAAAAGAACAGUACCAAGGGGACACCAUGAGGAGCAGGUUGCCAAUGUCGAUGGUAUCGAUAUCAGUGCAGUAGUAUGGAAGGAUAACAAACCCGUGACUCUGCUGUCGACCUAUACCGGAGCCAUGCCUGUAACCACUAUUUCAAGAUAUGAUAAAGCGACGAAACAGCGAGUAUCAAUAAAUUGUCCUAACGUAAUAAAAGACUACAACACCCAUAUGGGGGGAGUAGAUCUUCUUGACAGUUUUGUUGGAAGGUACCAUAUUACUCGCAAAAGCAGAAAAUGGACAAAUCGCUUGUUUUUCCACCUUUUGGAUGUGACCAUCAUAAACUCAUGGCUAUUAUAUAAAAAAACUUUGAAACAGACCAGAUCUGACACAAGGCCUCUGAAUCUUUGCAAAUACAGACUUGAGCUGGCAAAUUCCUUAUGUAAUCUUGGCGUACAGGGCAAUAGUACAAAAAGAGGCUGCCCAAGCUCUUCAUCUUUGGAAGCGGAAUUGCAGCUGAAAAAGAAGCGUGGACCAGCACAAACUAUGCCACCUAAAGAUGUCCGCCAAGAUAAAACCGACCACUGGCAAAAAUGGGGUGAUAGGGCCAGGUGUAAAUACCCGAACUGUAAGGGCUACACAUUUACAUAUUGUGAAAAAUGUCAAGUUAGCUUAUGCUAUAAUAGAGAUAAUAAUUGCUUUUAUAAAUUUCAUACAGAAUAAAUAAAGAAUUUUUAAUUUCUA